GAAUCUAAUAUUGUAAAUGCAAUGGUGAAACGAGGUCGAGUUUAUUGUUUAUCGACGCAAUUAUAUUUUUACGCAUAUUGAAACUGUUGAACUAAACCGGAAGAAGAUAUUGGAAACAAAUCUUAAUGUUGCGUGUACGUCUAUUUAAUCAUCGAAAUGUCGUACCUGGGAUUCACUGAAUUGAAGAAUUGCGUUUUACAUCAGUUAUUCAAAUUCUUGAUAUGUGAUCAUUCAAAUAGCAUACGAUAACAGGAGUAGAAUAUAAAACUGAUGUGGACAAUGAAUAUGGUCAACAGGUUAUUCAAACUCAAAAAUACGUACAGGAUAAGCUAAUGAUUCAUAACAGACAUCUCGGAUUCUAAGCCAAGAUCACGAUCGUGAUAGAGAUAAUUGGUUCAAGUCGAGUCACGCGUGUCAUCUUGUUUUCCAUACAGACACAGGAGACAAUGACUCCCAAGGAGGGUCCGUUGCAGUGAUCAAAGCAAGAUCGUCGUAGGCACUACAGGGAUCCGCUAUGCUAUAAGUGAAUCCCAAUCUGGUAGAUAAAAACACUUUUCAGUCACACAAUGCACAAGCUGACGAAAAAGACAAGAUACCUCAUCCGCGCUCUAGGGAUUCUGUCAGUAUCAUUUUCAGUGCCACUUAUCGUGAUAUUUCUCCUUUUUUACACUGAUCCUUACCAGGCCCUCGGACAGUUUAUCCGUACCACCUGUACCGUACAGAAAAGUUUUUACUCGAGCUGCCCACUGUUGUGCAAGUGUCCAAAACACUGCGAGAGAUUCUUCCCCUGUCUUGUGGUAGUGGUGCAGUACGAGGACAGGCAAAAUAGACUAGUACAGAAUGCUUCGAUGUUCAAGGAUUAUUUCAGUUAUGACUUGGUGAAACGAAGACGGUCAGAAUCUUUUGGCGAAGCUGAUGGCUUUCUGAAGCAUUGCUCCAAUACCCCUAAGCUAUGUUCGGCCUCGGACUCGGCCAACAACGAUACUGUCCGGGAAUAUCAAAACAUAAAUGGAAUGAAAGACAAAGAAUUGACUUGCUAUUAUAAUCCAGCAGUUAACAGGACUGAGACAGUUUUAGAAAUCACGGAUGCUGCGUUCUUUGUAAAUGUACUUUUCUGGUCAACUCUCUUGCUUUGUAUCGGUAUAACGUGCCUUAUUCUCGGACCCGGAACAUUCAAGCGAAUUUACGUCCCCGACUUUUGUCCGAUCGAUCGAGGAAAAGAUGUCGGACAAAAGCGAGAAGUCGGAGGAAAUAUGGAGGAAAAUGUAUGGUUUACUAUGGCAGAUACAACAACAGCAAACGGAAUGGAUAAUACGGGCUAUACUGACUCAGACAACAGUGAAAGGAGGCCAAGUAUAUUUGCCUGAUAUCCUCAGUGUAUUUUUGCAUAAAAUGAUGUACAUGGAUAAAAGUAGGAUAUGGAUGUGAAACAAGAGUGUCGUUGGUUGUUACACUCCAAAAUUAAAAGAAAAACAGCC